UCGUAAUUAAAAAACAGGGUACUAUUUUGCACUAGAGGAUCGCCUUUCUUUCCAACAGAAGACCAGAAAUUUUUUUUUUAAUCAAGUCCAAGCAACUUUGCCGGAGAAGAAUCAUAUCCAAUCAGAAGACAAUACAAUAUUACAAUAUACAAAUAUUUAGCGAAUGACCUUUCAACCCUUCUUAAUCAGCUUGGCCCCUUCGUAACUUUCUUAAAUCACUUUAUUUCCAGAGGCUUACAGAAUGAGCGCAUUGAAAAGUCAGACAUACAAACGUUUAGUUAACGAAGUUUUCAAGAAAGUAAAAGAUUCUGAAGCUAAAGCUUGGAGGAUUUUGGUGGUCGACUCCGUUUCCACUAAGGUUAUCGCGAGUGCACUUCGAAUUAACGACUUAACUGAACACGGGAUAACAGUUGUUGAAAAACUUGAGCUGAGUCGCCGGCCAUUUCCAAACUUUGAGGCCGUUUACAUUAUAUCUGCUACUGAAUCGUCUGUAGAUCUUUUCAUUAACGACUAUAAGGACUCUUCGAAGGCUCCUUACAAAGCCGCUUAUCUAUUUACUUUGACCCCUUUAAAUACUGAACUAUUUGAAAAAGUGUCUAAAUCUAAUGCUUCGGCUUUUUUAAAAUGUCUGACGGAACUCAACCUCGAUUUCUUAGCAUUAGAAGAGCAAAUCUUUGGUUUUUACAAUGACUUGGGUACGUGGGAACGCUUUAGCGAGGCUGAGCCGGACAUUUUGCACAUGGCUCGGCAGCCGUGCCAGCUGGCCACGCUAUGCGUCACUCUUCAAGAAGACGUGUAUGUUGGUUACUGGAAGCACGGGCGUUACUGCAAGUCUCUUGCGCAAAAAUGUUAUGCGCUGCUCGGUCAGUACGUUGACGAGGCAAACUUAGCUCGUAAAAAUGCCGAUAAAGGGCAGUUAAUAAUUGUGGAUAGGGCUCAGGACGUUUUAACUCUCGUAUUACACGACUGUCACUAUCAACCAAUGAUAUACGACCUUCUUCAAGUUGAUAAUGACGUUUACAAAUACGAGUCGAAUGGAAGGUGCAAGGAAGUGGUUAUCGGUAUGGAGGACGCACUUUGGCUGCAACUUCGUCACCUACACAUUGCGGAAACUAUCCAAACGGUUGGCGGGAAAAUUCGCGAAAACAGAGCUACGAGUCGUACUAAAAAUUUAAAAAAAGAAAAGGUUUCCAUUCAAGAGUUGCAAGACGCCAUGAAGGCGAUGCCCGAGCACCAAAGGGAGCUCACGAAACAAGCUUUUCACCUGCACACCACAGAGAAGUGCAUGGACGAGUACAACCGCCAAAAUUUGGAGGCGCUCACUAAAGCCGAGCAGGAUCUCGCGGUUGGGGAAGAUUCUACCGGACUAAAAAUAAAUACGAAAGAUUUGAUGCCGCUUAUAACUCAAAUUCUCAGCGAUCAGAAUGCUUCUGAAGAAAAUAAAGUUCGGAUAAUUAUGGCUUAUGUUAUUAUCAAGCAGGGAAUUAGUAAGAAAGACUUGGAAAAAUUGUAUAAUAUGGCCCAACUCUCGAAUGAGCAUAGAACGGCUAUCAAUAAUCUUUCGUUGCUUGAUGUCAAAGUCUUGAGCGAAAAUGAAACGAAUUGGCAACCUAUAAAAAGGAUUAAGCGCGACAGAAGCGGAUGGUACGCUGAUUCUCGCUGGGUUCCUGUACUUCGUGAUAUUAUGGAAUACUGUUUGAAUGGUCAAUACGAAGCUGCUGAUAUAUUAUUUGUCGAAGAAAAACCCCCGACGCAAGCCAGUAAAAGCUCGGAUGCUUAUAACACAGGAGCUUCUUCACAACGAUCACGAACUCCAGUUUGGGCUGAAAAAAAACUUAAAAACGAAAGUGAAGAUAAAUUUCGAGGCCCGACUUUGAUAAUAUUUGUAAUCGGUGGAAUUUCUCGCUCGGAAAUGCGUCAUGUCUAUGAACUUUCAAGCAUGAAAAAUCGGUUAAUCUUGUUGGGAUCCACAAAUGUGUUAAAGCCAAGUCAACUCAUCAAAACACUGAAAAUGAUAAAAGAGUCGGAAGUAACUCCUAAAAGUUUGGGUUACUAAAAAGUUUGAUUUUUACUAAGUACGACUAGCAAAUAAUUGUCAAGGGAAAACAUGGGAUAUAGCUGGUUUAAUAAACCAAUAUACUUUAAAUUAAAU